AUGGACUUAGCCGCUAAGCUUCACCGCCUCGACCUCCGCUCCAGCUUUUUUGCCGGAACCGCCCUGGUCGAUGCCCGAAACACCGUCGCCCCACCUCUUCCCCGCUCUGUCUCAACUCGUAAUUCUACUCAUUCCACUAGAAGUAACAAUUAUUCUAUCAAAACCAGAAAUUUUAGUACCCCAAGAAAGGCCAGUUCUUCUAUCACAGCUCGGUUAUCCACUGUGGCUGUGGAAGAAUCGUCCUCUGAAACUAUGAGCAAAGAGGACAUUGAAUCCUUGUUCUCCAAUGAGUCUGUUGAUGAGUUUGAUCGGAAACGUAAUGGUAAGCAUUCGAAUAAUGGGGCUUCUGGUAUUUCUUCUGGUGUUAAGCUUGAAAAUGUGACAAAGACCUAUAAGGGUGUCACUGUUUUGAAGGAUAUUAAUUGGGAGGUGAAGAAGGGGGAGAAAGUGGGUUUGGUUGGUGUAAAUGGAGCUGGGAAAACAACCCAGAUGAGAAUUAUUGCUGGCUUAGAGGAACCUGAUUCUGGGAAUGUGAUUAAGGCGAAAUCCAAUAUGAAAAUUGCGUUUUUGAGUCAAGAAUUUGAGGUUUCGUUGAGCAGGACGGUGAGGGAAGAGUUCACUAGUGCGUUUAAGGAGGAGAUGGAGGUUUCAGCGAAGUUGGAGAAGGUGCAGAAGGCUUUGGAGAGCACGGUUGAUGACUUGGAUUUGAUGGGAAAGCUUUUGGAUGAGUUUGAUUCGCUUCAAAGGCGGGCACAGGCUGUUGACUUGGACGAGGUUGAGUCAAAAGUCAGCAGACUGAUGCCGGAACUUGGAUUUUCACCAGAGGAUUCAGAAAGGCUGGUGGCGUCAUUUAGCAGUGGAUGGCAAAUGAGGAUGUCUCUUGGGAAGAUUCUACUUCAGGAUCCAGAUUUACUACUACUGGAUGAACCCACAAAUCAUCUUGAUCUUGAUACAAUUGAGUGGCUUGAAGGUUAUCUUGCUAAGCAAGAAGUACCAAUGGUUAUCAUAUCCCAUGACAGAGCUUUUCUUGAUCAGCUCUGCACUAAAAUAGUGGAAACUGAUAUGGGUGUGUCCCGAACUUAUGUUGGAAAUUAUUCUGAGUAUCUCCUUUCAAAAGCAGCAUGGAUUGAGGCUCAGUAUGCAGCUUGGGAGAAGCAGCAGAAGGAAAUAGAACAUACGAAAGACUUGAUAAGUAGGCUUGGUGCUGGGGCAAAUUCUGGUCGUGCUACUUCUGCUGAAAAGAAACUGGAGAAGCUUCAAGAAGAGGAUUUGAUUGAGAAGCCAUUUCAAAGAAAACAAAUGAAGAUCAGGUUUCCUGAGCGUGGAAGAAGCGGGAGAUCUGUUGCAACAAUGAAGAACUUGGAAUUUGCUUAUGAGGAUAACGUCCUAUUUAAUAAGGCAAAUCUUUCUAUUGAAAGGGGAGAAAAAAUUGCAAUCAUUGGCCCCAAUGGAUGUGGCAAGAGUACUUUGCUGAAACUAAUAAUGGGAUUAGAGAAACCAAAAGCAGGGGAAGUUCUUCUGGGGGAGCAUAAUGUCCUGCCAAACUAUUUUGAACAAAAUCAGGCCGAAGCUCUUGAUUUAGACAAAACUGUGCUUGAGACAGUAGAAGAAGCUGCUGAGGAUUGGAGACUUGAUGAUAUAAAGGGUCUCCUUGGGCGUUGUAAUUUCAAAGCUGAUAUGCUCGAUAGAAAGGUUUCGCUUCUAAGUGGUGGUGAGAAGGCACGUCUUGCUUUUUGCAAGUUCAUGGUGAAGCCUUCUACACUUCUAGUUUUGGAUGAGCCAACUAAUCACUUGGAUAUUCCUUCAAAAGAAAUGCUGGAGGAUGCCAUAAAUGAGUAUUCAGGUACUGUCAUCACAGUUUCUCAUGAUCGAUACUUUAUAAAGCAGAUAGUUAAUAGAGUAGUGGAGGUUAAAGAUUGCAGUUUGCAAAAUUACGCAGGUGAUUACAAUUAUUAUCUAGAAAAGAAUCUUGAUGCAAGGGCAAGAGAGCUAGAGCGUGAAGCAGAGCUGGAAGAAAAGGCUCCAAAAGUCAAAGCCAAAUCAAAGAUGUCAAAGGCCGAAAAAGAAGCAAUGAAGAAACAGAAGAGGCAGGCAUUUCAACAAGCGAAAGCAAAAUCAAAAGGGUCCAAAAAUGCCAAGAGAUGGAAUUAAUUGGAACAUUUUCUUUCAAAAUUCACCAGUAUUAUAAAGUUUCUUUUCCUUGUGAAAGGAGUAGGAGGAGGUUGAGUAGCUUAUUGUUUUAGGGCUACUUCACCAUGUGUAUAUUUACUUACACACAAUUAAUAGACUUUCACGUUUUUGUUGCUGCCAAUGAUCUUUCUGUAAAUUUUCAUUAUUUCCUCUUUUGAUUCAAAACUUACAUGAGCUGUUAACUUCUUAACAUAAGUUACGCUUAAAAACUACAAGGUAAUAUACUUUACGGGUCUUACAACAA